AUACUUUCGCUCCGUUGAUGAGUUGGUGAAAUCGAAGACCUUGGCUGUAACGUCAUCCACAAUAUUUUUACCCUAUCACUGCUGUUGUUGUUUUGGAAACCAUCGCAACGGAGCCAGUGGUGUGGUCCCAAUCGUUUACUCAAAUAUUGUGGAGGAAAGUCUCCCUUGGCCCUUUGCAUGCAGAAUGAGUGUCACUUCAGCAUUCGAGAAUGCCAGCAGGUGAGAGUGAAGCCCGAGCUAAAACCAGGGCCAGAUUUGACGAGGUCUUCAAGAGAUACACUGAGCCGGCUACAUUGGAGAAGAAAAAAGUGAAGAAGAAGAAGAGCCCAGAUCAGCCAGAGCAGGAGAGUAUUGUGCUCCAAACGUUGAAACAAAACCUUGACAUUGUGAAAGACCUAGAGGACGAUGAGACUGUUCAUCAGAACACCUAUCACGCUGACCAGGGCAGCCCUCGUUUCACCAAGAACAAGCGUAGGGAGAGGGAGGUAACAGAGAAGGUCAACAACAACAACAAUGGGAACCAGGAUGAGGAGGAGCAACCAACCAAAGGGAAGAGGAAAAGUAAAAGGGAGCUGCCUCCAGCCCCAGUGCAGCAGGAGGACAGUUAUAUCAUUCAAAUCGACCAGACUGAUAGUACUGCUGGAAAUGCCAAAACACCCAAAUCCAAGGCCUCCUUAGAGUCGGAAGACCCUGCGAAUAUACAGAGGAGAAAGAGUAAGAAAGGGAACAGCAAAGGAGGAGAGGAGGUGUCCGAGGUCCAGGGUGAGGUUGCGGCGGAAGCCGAGGAUGAGUUACUUCAUGAGUACCAGAAGCAGAUGGCACAGGAAGAGGAGAUGGCUACUGUGAAGAAGACUGUACACAAGAAGUCAACAACAGACCAGACCAACGCUGCCACUCAGGAAGUAGUAGCAUUAAACAAUGAAGGUGCAAAGAAGAAGAAGAAGAAGUUGAGGUCGUCAUUGGAUCCGGAUAGGGAGACGAGUAUGAUAGAAGAUCUGCAGAGCAGCCAGUCUGACGACGUCACUGAAAGGAAGAGGUCCAAAGAGAAGAGUCAGGAAAGCCACCAAGAGGACGACGAGGAGGACAGACGAGAAUCUUUCAAAUCAAAAGGCAAAAAGAAGAAAAAAAUAAAACAAUUGGUGAAGGAGGAGAGUGAUACAGAGAUUGUUGAAACUCCUCGGAGACCAGUCUUUGAUGACAACCUGGUCCUGGGCGUCUACAUCCACAGGACAGACCGCCUGAAGACUGACCUGCUGGUCUCACACCCCAUGGUCAAGAUCCACGUUAUUGACGAGAUGACUGGGCAAUAUGUGAAAAAAGAGGACAGUCACCGCCCGGUCUCGUCAUUCUACGAGCAGGAGAGUGUGGAGCAUAUCCUUCCCAUCAUCACCCAGCCUUUUGACUUCAAGAAAAACAAAUCAACAGUUCCAGAGUGGGAUGAGCAGAUCAUAUUCAACGAGCGCUUUGGAUAUUUCCUCCAGGAUAACCAUGAAGGCCCUAGAGUUAUGCUCUUUUUUGAGGUCCUGGAUUUUAUGACCAUGGAGGAAGCCAGAGCCAAUGUUGACGUCGACAGACAUGAACGAGGUUUUCGAAAAAUCGCCUGGGCAUUUCUAAAGCUUGUGGGCACUAACGGAGUGCUGAACAUCGACAGUAAACUGCGUUUGCAGCUCUUCUGUCCCCCUCCCCGGGGCAAGAGACAAGAAAAUACCAUUGAGGUAGUGGACUGGUGGAGGAGAUAUCCCCGUAGCAGAUACACAUCCACCCUCUACAUCACUGUGAAAGGCCUCAAACUACCUGAUCAUGUGGACCCUAGUAUCCGCUCCAUGAUGGCCCUGCAGCAGGAGAGAGGCUCCACUUCCUUUAGCGAGCUGCAGAGUGAGAUCACCAGGAGAACCAUAACACAACCUCUAGGCAACAAACCUGAGCUCCGUUGGAGCAGAAUGCCUGGCCAGGUGUGCCGGAUCCCUAAUAAGCCCAUGCUGUCGUUCCGUGGUGGUCAGAUGGGUUGUUUCACGAUACGAUUCUCCCACGACGGGAGGAAGCUGGCUGCUGCGUGUGCUGACAGAGAUGCCUUCCCCAUCAUAGUGUAUGAGAUUCCUUCAGGCAAGGUGUUGGCUGCCUUCAACGGCCACCUCAGUAUCGUGUAUGAUCUCUGCUGGUCCAGAGACGACUGGAGCCUCCUGUCUUCCUCCUCUGAUGGCACCGUCAGAGUGUGGAACGUGCAGAGGCUCCAGGCCAUCGCCCAGAAGGUGCUCCCCCACCCGUCGUUUGUCUACUGUGCUCAGUACCAUCCUACGGCCCAAGGCAUGGUGGUAACGGCUGGGUACGACUGUCUGGUGAGGGUCUGGAGGGUGAACGUCAAAGAUGUCAACGGACUGCUGCUCCAGGAGUUCGAGGGUCACAAGAGCUUCAUCAACGCUCUGUGUUUUGACUCCGAAGGAAACCGAAUGUUCUCUGCGGACAACGUUGGGUUCAUCAUUGUGUGGAGGACGUCGGUUGAUGACAGUCGGCAUCAGAGACCGUGUCGUCACUGGAAGAUUGAGAAGGAGAUAGGAGAGAGUGACCUGAGUGGGCUUCCCAUCAACACGUUAGAGGUCCAUCCUAAUGGUCGCCGUCUACUGAUCCACGCCAAAGACAGCGUUGUCAGGGUGAUGGAUCUCAGAGUAUUGGCUGUGAAGAAAUACACAGGUGCCACUAAUUACAGGGAGAGGAUCCACAGCACGUUCACACCCUGUGGGAGCUUCAUCUUCUCAGGCAGCGAGGAUGGAAUGGCCUACGUGUGGAACGCAGAAACAGGUGACCAGGUGGCGGUGUACUCGGAGCUGUGUUACCCCACAGCCCUCCGUGGUGUGGGCUUCCACCCUCAUGAGAACAUGGUGGCCUUCUGUGCCUUCGGUCAGAACCAGCCUGUGCACGUCUACUUGUACGACCGCAGAGCGGCCCAGCUGGAGGUGGAGAGUCUGAAGGGCCACAGCAGGUCUGGAUCAGCCGACACUAAGAUGUUCAGGAACACAUCCGACCCAGUAACAUUCCAGGACACCUCCGGAGCAGCCAUGGACUGCUUCGCCAGAGCAGCCAGACUGUCUAUGAAGAUGCAGCGUGUCAAAGAUAAACUGGACUCUGUUCUAGAACCAUCUCGGAGCUCCUCUGCUGUGGAACACUUGUAUGAGCAAGAUAAAGCGGGCAUGUAUCAGAUGGGGAGGAGCCUAUCUCAGGAAGCUGGCCCAAUGAGCUUGAACUCGUCCCUGCCUCCUCCGUCCCUCCUGUCACCACACUCCAAACUGCAGCUGUCUAGUUCCCUCGGAGCUCAGUUCAUCCCCCAGGCAACUCUCACCUCCCAGAACCGUGGUUUCAGCCCAGUGGGCCAGCAUCUAGGAAGAGCUCCAUCUCUCAGGCUACAGACUAGCUUCCCUGAUCAUCUGUCUACAGCCAUUAGAGUGGACGCAGAUUCCUUGGUACCAGUUCAGCAAACGGUUGUGUCUUUGUAUGACUACAGUGCUACCCGGUCAGAUGAGUUAACGGUACAGCGUGGUGAUGUCAUCCAUGUGCUCUACAAAGACAACGACAACUGGUGGUUUGGACGCCUGGCUAACGGACAGCAGGGAUACUUCCCAGCUACCUAUGUGGCAGAAGAGCGGGAUUACAACGACGAGCUGUCUCAGGCCCUAAAGGCACAGUCUGCCCUGUCUGAACAGACCGACCUAUCAGUCCCCCCUUCUGAACGGACUGACCAAUCAGAUGGGAGGUUGACACCUACCAAGGUGUCAGCUGCCGUUGUCUCUGGGGAACUCAAGUUCAUCUCUGAGCUGGAUACAGACCCUGAGCAGCCUGCUGCCACCAAAGUGAAGAAGAAGAAAAAGAAGUUAGUGAAGAAGUUAGAAGCUCCGUCAUCACCACCACCGGCCACAUUCUCCGACCCUGAUGCCCCAGGAACGUCAUCUACCAAGAGGAGGGCCUAUGCUGCAGGCAGCAGACCACUGCCCCCCAGCCCCAGGAGAGGACAGUCUAACAGAGCCUUGGAGCCUGAUACCUAGACCCAUGGACCUAUGGUUAAGAGUACACUAAGAGCUGUUUUUUAACGCUAAAUUCCCUUUUGAACAGAAGAUAACAAAUAUGUUAAUAAUGAAACCAUCCUGUAAAGCGUACACAUAUUGUUUUAUUGUGGGUGGGGGGGGGGUUCAAAUACUUUUUAAAUGAUGUCCGAAUAACUAUUGAUGAAAAAAAUAUAUUUAGAACAUCUGAAUUUUAAAAAGUUUACUAAUUAUGUCCUAUAAUGUAGUAUCAGUCCUGGAAAGAUUUUGUAUGUUUGGCUGUUUUUAUCCUAUUUAUUGGAGUAAUGCAUUCAUUGACUUCUGUAACCUGUUUGUUAUGAGCUAUAAGAAAGGCAUAUACUUAUUAAUACUACAGUUUUAUUUUUAUAGCUUAAAGGGACGAGGAAAGUCGUAAUCACCAAAGUGUCACCAAUACAAUUAAAAAUAGUUGCCAAGUGAAUUGUUUGUAUAUGUAUUUCUGUAAUUACAGAAAAUUACAGUUGCUAGUCAUUUCUUUAAAUAUGUCCGCAGUGAUUAUGUUAAAUAUAACAACUUUAAAAUGUG